CAAUUCAUAGAGGCGGCACGGCGCGACUCAUAUGCAAGGAUCAAUUGAGAAAAGUUCAAGAGGUCUCUAAACCCAAGCAUUCAUCACGCAUUUCGGCGUGCGCGGAUACAGAGCGGUAUCGGUCCUUCACAUUGCGCAAAGUCAUCAUGCAGCCACUCAAGAUUGUAAUUGUCGGGGCUGGUAUCGGGGGUUUAUCGUGCGCAAUCAUAUCGCGAAAGAAGGGCCUAGAUGUCAUCGUACUUGAAAAGGCGGAGAAACUUACACCGGUUGGAGCAGGCAUUCAAAUUCCGCCCAAUGCGUCACGGAUUUGGGCGCAAUACGGCCUCCUUGAAAAACUCAAAGAGUUCUCGGUCAUUUCAAAGGCGAAUCAGCUACGAAGAUGGAAGGAUGGCAGUCUUUUGUGUUCUCGAAGUAUUGGAGAAACUCUGAAUCCGCAAUGGCCAUGGCUUGUUAUCCAUAGAGCAGACUACCAGAAGGUUCUCGUGAAAGAAUGCGAGCGUUUACAUGUCGAUAUACGACUUAAAUCAGAAGUCUACGAUGUCGAUUUUGAGAAUACGAGGGUACUUUUAAAGAAUGGAGACGUAGUAUCGGGCGACGUAAUCGUCGGUGCGGACGGCCUAUGGUCAACUCUCCGUACACGUGUGCUCGGACAUGCGUCUCCACCGCAGGAGACAGGAGAUCUAGCGUACCGAGGGACUUUCUCUCUAGAAGCCCUCCAGACACUUCGUGACCCUAAAGUAGAUGAGCUGUGUCUGCGAAAUCUUGUCACAAUGUGGAUAGGUCCGGAGAGUCAUGCAGUAUUCUAUCCUGUUAGGUGUGGCAGAGAGUUCAACCUCGUCAUGACACAACCAGAUGACUUACCAGCAUAUAUAAAAACAAAGCAGGGGAAUCUUGAAGAAAUGAAGACAACUUUCAAAGACUGGGAUCCUUUGCUUACGAAACUCUUGACUGCAUUUCCCUCCGUGUUAAAAUGGAAGAUGAUGCAUCAUGACGAGCUUCCAUCGUGGACGAAGAAGAACUUUGUCCUGCUAGGAGAUGCAUGCCAUCCGUCUCUUCCAUAUCAGGCCCAAGGCGCAGCCAUGGCUGUAGAAGAUGGUACCAUCAUUGCCAACUUACUAGCGGCGUAUCAGGACGCAAAAGCAAGCUCAUUGACGCAUCCAUCUCUGCCAGAAACGCUCAAAUUAUACGAGUUGCUUCAAAAGGAGCGCACAACUACUCUCCACCUGGGAUCAAUUUCCAAUCAACGUCUUUACCAUUUAGACGAUGGCCAAGAGCAAGAAGAGCGAGAUCUGAUUCUCAAGAACGCAAGCUUUGAAGAUUUACCCGAUGGAUCUUCUGAGCCUUUCAUCUGGAUUGAUGCGCGAUACCAGAAAGCAAUAUUAGGUCGGGAUGUUGUUGGUGAUGCGCAGGAUAGUUGGGAACAGGCAGUGAGAAACGGAAGUAGAUGAGUGAUCCACAUUGUUAAUCCCGAUUCCUCCAACAUAUAUUUGCAAAUAACAUUUAUUCCAUGAUUGCGAACUUUAGCAUAAGCAAAACACAUUCUCGAGUACCUGAAAGCAUGGUCGAUAAAUGAGCCAAAUCGCCGAAAACUGCUUAGAUGACAGCAGACCUCAAUAUUAGUAAUACCCAU